CUAAAUCAAAGGAAAACCGAACAAGAAAAGAAUUGUGGCAUUUCAGACAGAAGGAAAACCAAAGCCCCCGUGCGUGCCAGAGUGAUUAACAAGCACCCAUCUCAGCUUUACCUCUUUCUUGAGCUAACGAAGCAGAGUACUUAAGGGAGAAGAGAGAGAGUAAAACAUUAGAGCAGGGAGGGUAAGGAAGGAGCAUGGGAGAUCUCUUUGUAUGGCUAAUAGCCUUCUUCAUUCUUAUUGCCCUUCUUGUUAUCGUCAUCUUCCAGCUUAUGGCCUUAGCAGAUCUGGAGUUUGAUUACAUCAAUCCUUAUGAUUCCUCAUCUCGGAUAAAUAAAGUGAUUUUGCCAGAGUAUAUAACAGAAGGGGUUUUGUGCUUAUUUUUUCUCAUUACAGGGCACUGGUGUAUGUCACUUUUGUGUAUUCCAUACCUUUAUUACAAUGUGAGGCUUUACACACAAAGACAGCAUUUGGUAGAUGUGACUGAGAUAUUCAACAUGCUCAACUGGGAAAAGAAACAACGACUUUUCAAACUAGGCUAUCUUGUUGUUCUCCUGUUUCUUUCGAUUUUCUGGAUGAUUUUUACCGCCUUGGAAGACAGUGAUUAUGAUUAGUUGGGAUAAUUACCUGCUUUAGUGAGACAUUGGAGAUACUGGAUACCAUAAACUGCUCCCUUGUGCAAAAUAAAGGGCGUGUUGUAACUGAUAUAGUUCCAGUUCCAUGAUUGUAAGAUUGUUUAGAAUGCUGUUGAUGUAUUGAAUAACAUUUGAGGUUCCACUUCUUUUGGCCAA